UCCACUAAGUGUGACUGACCCGCAUUCCUCAGGUUGUGACACGUCUGACUCGGAUCCGCGGCGGAAAUCUCCUGUUCUACUUUUUGACGGAGUGCACCUACAGCCAGGUGGAGUAGGAAUACAUAGACAGAAGAUAACUGAUGACUGAGCAACUUUUCUCUUUUCCUGGGCUUUGUGUCGGUGAUGGCAGAGCUGAUAAGAAGGUGUAGUAAUUUCUUCCUCUACGAUGGAUCAAAGGUCACAGGAGAGGGCGACCCCACGAGAGAGGGAAUCUGCUACUUCUAUCCUGAAGAGACACCCAUAGACAAGCAGGAGCUGCUCUGUGGACAGCUCGCCGGCGUGGGCCGCUGUGUCUCUGAGCUGUCCUCCUCUCCCGUACGCAUACUGAGGCUGCGCCGCAACAAGUAUGCCAUUCACAUGAAAGAUGACUUCUUCUGGGCUCUGGGCUGCUCAGUGGAAGUUCCCACCGUCAGUGUCUGCGAGCUCCUGGAUCAGCUAAUAAAACUUUUCUGUUUCUACAACGGCUCUGUCCGACAGAGCUACCAGCUGAACAGUCGAGAGACUCUGGCUGCUCGAUGGGCGCGGUAUCUCUCACACCUGCAGUCAGGAUCCUCAGAGCUUCAUCACAUCUUCAGCUGUUUGAGGACCAUUGACUCGACCAAUGUUGACCCACUUCUGCUGCUCAAAGCUGCCCUCAUUCUUCAGGCCUGUCAGCGCUGCCCUCUAGUGUUAGCAGGCUGUAUUCUGUUCAGAGGAAGAGUUGUAAGCACACAGAUGUCUCCAGAGCUCACAAUGAAAGUCAUGGUUCAUGAGAGUGAAACGUACACAAAGGCCCAGAAGCCCAAUGGACUGAGCUCCACCAGCUCCUCCAGCGCUGCUGUCUGCUCCACUACAGUGUUUCUGACCAUGUCUGAACUCCAGUACCUGCAGUCUCCCCCCGUCGACAAAGACCUCAGGUCCCAAUCUACUCCACACAAGGACGGUCCCCUAAAGAAGACCCGCCUGUCAAGAACUUUAUCUGACAUGGCCUCCACUGAGUCCGAUUCAUCUGAUCCGGGUCCCUCCCAGUCCCCCCAGAAGAUGUCCUUCAGCCCUUGCUUUCCAGAAUCAGAUAACUCUCUGUUUAGCCCAGCUCCUUCACAGAGCGCUGCUGAUCCACUCCACCCCCCACCACAGUCCCCCGAGCCUCCUUUCUCAAAUGGGAAACACUCCCACGAAGCUGAGGAGGAAGCGCUGGAGGAAUUGUAUUAUCAGAGUUUUCACAGCAACGGAGAUGGAGACAGCCAGAUACAUAACAAAGGAGACGACUCUGCGUUUGAAGGAAACUCCCAUUUCAAUGGAGGUGGAAGAGAGGGAGACACAGCUUGUGGGACGGUGUUUGACUUCCGAGGGGGCGAGUCAGGCAAUGAGGAGUCACAUGACGAUAAGGAGGUGGUGGGAGAUAGCGGGAGAGCACAAGGUCAGACGGCGGAGGUGGGAGAUCGUCCUCCUUGCUUUGGUGCUUUCGACAACCCAGAGGAGAGUCCGCUGCUCCCCAUGACGCUUUACCUGCACCGGGUGAAAGGCUUGGUGCUGGCCCUGCUGGUGGAGCCUCACUUCCUGAGUGACACGGCUUCAAUGGAGGAAGUGUAUCACAGCAGCCUGGCGUCACUCAAUGGACUGGAGGCCCAUCUGAGGACCAUCUCUCCAGGGGCCCCUGGCGCUCCAGGACCCUACAUCUUUGCCCAUUUUGACUGCAUCCAGAGCACGCUGACAACCAACCUGUCUGGUCGACCAGGGGGAGCCCCGGAGCAUCCUUUUGUCAGAGCCACAUCACUUCUUCACUUGCAUUUCUGUAACACUGAAACUCUGCAGGAGGCUAUUAUCAGGAGUGCCGGUGCUGCUGUGUAUGGAACCCGCAGCGUGGCCCAGGAGACUUACUUCCAGCAGCACGGGGGUUCACUGAGGAACUCGGGCAUCCCUAACCACCAGGACAGCGCGUUCUCGCUGCCCAGCAAGGCCCGACACAGACUGCUGAAGCACGGGGUUAACCUGCUCUGACGUGACGGAGCAGGUUUGCAAAUUAUUUAAUGAAGUUGAACUUGUCCUGUGAAUAACUAUUGUUUAACUUGCAUUUAAUUAUUCUUUUCCUUGCUGCACAUACUGCAAAGUUUGUUACAUACAUUUCUAAAAUAAUCUGAAACAGCUUUUAUAUAAGUUUCUAUUUAUAUCAAAUCAACUCUUUGGAAACAAGAAAGUGUUAUUUAAAUAUGCACCUAUUAGAUCUGCUGUGUUUGAAUUGGAAGAGUCUUUUUUUUUUUUUUUUUUUGAAGAGAUUCACUGUGCUGUGUUAUUAGUGGACAUUAAAUGAAAACAUGAUCCAUGAGUCUUAUUUGAGCUACUUUUGUAAAUGCUUGUUUAAAACCACAGGGGCUACACGGCCUUAUGAGGGCCAUCGGCGGCCCGCAUGUGACCCUGCAAUCUAGCCCCUGUUGUUUUCACCUCAGGCUUAACGCCUUGUUUCAAAAUGACUGAGGGAUGACGUGCGCUGAGGGCCGUUUGAAAAGCCAAACACAUGCUCAUAAAAUGUUAUUAUUCAUGUUUUUGUCCGAAGGUUUCUGUUCCGCAUGUGUUGUAAAUGAGAUGGUUCCUGAUGAUCCAAAUAUGGAGUAAUUAGAGUCAUUAGCUCAGGAGUUGAAUUUGAAUGGACGGGGUCGGCGCUCUUCGGGGCGCCUCAUUAUGCAGGCGCAUUAAAAGAAAGCAGCGGGGGGCAAAUGGGUGGUUAAAGGUACGAACAAAAAAGAGGGGCAGGGACUGUGAGGAGGGCAAGGAUUGAAAUUCUAAGUGGUGAGAUGUCCCCAUUGUCAGUGGAGUAUAUAGCAGGCAGAGCAAACUCCGGAUGCAGAGCUGGCGACACGCAGAAGCUGCCUGUUAUUCAUCAGUGAAGAUCCAAAGGUCAGGAUUUAGAAAUCUCACAGAAAUGGCCUCCUCGCGCUGCAUUUGGAUUUCUCUGUUUCUUCUCUCGGCGUUGACAAGUGACACUGGAGUAUUUGGUCGCGCAGUGGACACGCUGGGAUUUGUGCCACAGUCGCCGAAAGCUGGAGAUGAAUCCUCUGGAGCAACUUUACGCACGGACGCGUCGAGGCGGUGGAGGCGGGGGGUCGAGGAGAAGCACCGGGAGCGGUGCGCGGAGCUGGCGGCGCCUUGGCUGGAAAACACACAACAAGCUCCAGGGGAUAACGCAACAGUGCUGCAACUCCGUGUGCGGCCCUUUUCCCCGGGGGCCUCCCUGGGCCUGGUGUUCCCAGGAAAACCUCUGUUCAGCUUCGUGCGCCGGGUUUACCACUGCUGUCAGGAGGGACUGAGCUGCAGAAGCGUCAAAGGGAUUCAAGGUCGCCUGAGAGGAGAAACAGAUGUGGAGUUUCUCCUCACCAGGGAGAUUUUGUCGUUGACAGUUACGAGAGCCGAGCUUCACCUUCAAAUCUCCAACCCACAGCACCUGGAUCUCCAUCCCGUGCUUCCGUCCAUGGCAAAGCGCAGCCUCCCUACAAGGUACAGUGUGUGGUCCCGGGGCGACAUGGUGGAGCUGCGGGUGGAUCUGCUGUUCCUUUUCCAGAGUCUGCAGGAGGCAGCAGGUGGCGCUGGAGGGGGUCCCAGCUUGGUGAACAUGCGGCGGAUGGUGUUCUCUUCCAGGGGGGAUCCGCCAGCGCCUCACGCUCUGCAGGACACUGACGGUGAUGUGUGGGUGGAUGGGGUGGCCGGCGCGCUGCCUGCUCUGGAGCUGGGCUUGGUCCUGGGCUGCGGUCAGGCCGGAGCAGGUGUGUCCUGCGGAGGCGGCGGCGUUCACCUCACACACACACCUUUCAUGGCGCUCUACUACAGAUAGAUGAAGUCAAACUGAGACUGUGACUCUGCAUGGAAACAUUUUAUCUGCUGAAUUACUCUUUUCUAACAAAGGAAAUGAUGCACUUCAAUGUCAAAUCUAUUAAUUUAUAAAUGUUAUGUUUUGUAAAAUAUAUAUAUAAAUUUGUAAAUAGUGAAUAUGAUAUACUGUAAGUUUAUGGAGUCAUUCUUUGGUUAUUAAAACUAAAUCUAACAGCGGCUCUUGACAGAA